GAAAGGUGAGCCAACAUGCUGCUUGAUGACGACUUUUUAGGCAUUCGAGCUGCAGGUCCUGCAGACCCCAUGUCGCAGAUCGUGAGGCACAGUAUUGCCAUAUAUCAGCAUGGUAAGCCUGCGUGCAGCUGAGUAGCACACGCAGGCUGGAGCUCGUCCGGGCGGCUCUGUCCACUCUACAACAUGUCGACAAAAUCCUCGGUGUAUUCAUUGCGAGACAAGUCUUCACAAUGCACAAGACAAGAACGGCCCGGAUGCUCCUCGUGGAUAUGGGAAGUCCUUAGCUUCUCAGUCAGUUUUCUCUGCAUGGGUGCGAUUGUGAUCCUACUUGCCAAUUUGAACAACAAGCCGCUUCCGAACAUGGGUUUCUUGACACUGAACGGUAUCGUGUCCACUCUGGCUGGUAUCUCCAAAGCCGCGUUGAUUUUGCCCAUAUCUGAAGCUAUAAGUCAACUCAAGUGGCAAUGGUUCUGGAAUCUCGAUCGCCCUCGGCCCAUAUCAGACUUUCAGAUCUACGACAGCGCCUCGCGGGGACCUUGGGGCAGUCUUUGUCUACUGGCUCGGCCGCGUUUGGCGCAUCUAUCGUCACUUGGUGCCAUCUUGACUGUUGUCGCACUUGCGAUAGAACCAUUCUUCCAACUAGUGCCGUCGUAUCCAGUCAGGAUGGUGCCAACUGCCAGCGGUCUUGCGACCGUUCCAGUCGCUUCAUCCUUCACCGAAAUUGAACGCGAUCCGGUCAACUUCAACACUGUCACAGCAGGCCAAGGUCUGAAGGGCGCUACAUACGACGGAUUGUUUGGUUCAUCUAGAAAUAAGAAGAUCGACCCAUCGUGUCCCACUGGAAACUGCACCUGGUCUCCAUAUACGUCUUUAGCUGUUUGCAGCGCGUGCACGAAUCUUACAGAUAUGCUGCGAGAGAUACCCCGUGGCACUGAUGGAUUUGAUAACACGGACGGUUGGGAGUUACCAAACGGUGCCAGGCGAUACGGUGUCAGUGGUAGUUAUAUGGUUCAGGACAAUGCUGCGUCCACGGAAAGUAACAAUGGCGGUCAGGACUUUGGCAAUUGGACCAUCGCCUACAGCCACAUGCAGAAUUUCACUCUGUUUACGGCCCAGAGCUGGUAUUGGGCGCCGCUGACUGCUGGUGAUCGCGUCGCUAAUGGGCCGGUUCCGGGCAGUAUCGCACUGCCCACCGUUGGAAACAUCAGUUCACCUCCGCACGCCUCAGAGUGCAUAUUGCACUUCUGUCUGCGGACUUAUAACGCAAGCGUUACGGACGGCACUUUCUCUGAGUCGCUCAUCAGCCAGUGGCCGGACCCGCUACAGCCCUUGCCAGAGAGCAUCACGGACCAGUGGGGAUUUAGGCUGCUGCGCGAGAUGAUUCACCGCAGCGCCACGGACAGCAGGACUAUGUGGUGGCAACACGCGCCUGAUAAUAUUACUGAAGCGGAGAUAACUUUGACAUCACCCCAGGUGGAAGGCCAAGUCUACCACAUCAGCUGGCUGACAAUGUUUGGUUUGCGCAACUGGCUCACAGAUAAUUGGCAGGUGUCGACAGCCGAUCAGGACUUCACGUCUGACGUGACCCAAGUAAUGUACAACGCCUACACAGGUCCCUCGAGGGCUACAGUACCACCGGAAGACACGUCUGCAGCAGUCGCAGCGAUAGCCAAGAUGCCUGGUCCUGCUGCUUUGUGGUCAGACGUGGCUGACAGCAUGACUCGACACAUUCGCAGUCAAGCUUCAGAUCAGCAAUCUGCGCACGGCGUGGCAUACGCUGCACAGACGUUUGUGUCUGUGCAAUGGGAAUGGAUCAUUCUGCCCGUCUCGUUGCUUAUAUUAACUCUUGCCUUCGUAGCACUCACCGUCGCACAGAGCGUGGAGAAGGAAAUUCCGUUAUGGAAGAGUAACAGUAUGCCCUCCCUGGUCUACGGUGUUGACGAAAGUACGGCUCAAAGCAUCUCCGGGCAUGGUCGGACCGGCGAGGAUAUGGAGCAACAUGCAAAGGCAUUUGAGAUGGCCAUGAGAGCGACAAGUGGUUCACUGAAGCUAAGGGCCAGGCCUCGCGAUACAGCUUGAUGGACAAUUUCUGAUAUCCACACACGAUGCGCAAUCUGGUGGCCCCGACCGCUGAUCUGUUGACACCGGCAACAAGGGAUGUUCUCAUCACGCAAUGGUCCGUUUGCUAGAUUUGCUAGCUGCAAAUGGGAUCUGAUCAAUGAUAAUAAGAGUAUUCGGUCUGCCAGUGAAAGUACAGUAAGCGCAGAAAGUCACAUAUCCAGACCAACGAGAUGAGAAGAAUCUUUGGAAAGUGCUGUUGGGCGUCCCCGAAGAUCAGCUGUCGGAAUUCCCAUGCGUGAUGUCUCUUCAGCUCGAACUUUAUCCGGUUGCACGGCACGUCGCAAGCAUGAGGAUUUACGGGUCGCGAAAUGAUCGCGAUCGCAGCUCGUCGGACUGUUGGAAUUAGCAGUACUUUCUAUGCAAUCUGCCACCAUCGAAGUAUACCAUUGCCUGUUGUCAACGCAGCG